AAUUGAAUAAAGACCAAAUCAAAAUCGAAUUCAACAUUUAUACAGAACUUAGAAAAACGUAUCUUAUCUAGGUCCUUGACCAUCAAAUAGAUUGUUGUUAAUAUCAUAUAUGUAUGUAUGUAAUUCACAUGUUUGGGAUUACACCCAACUUGAGUUAAGAUUUGUCAAAUGUGCACAUUAUAAGGAUGAAUCACGCGACCCUGAAAUUCCAAAACAAUCGAGUAAGACAAAGGCCAUAGUGUGGAUCAGACAGAUAUAUGUAGGUAUGGCAUAUAUACUAGAGAGUAGAGCAUUUAAAAUCUUAAUUACCGAACCAAUACAAACAAUUUCUCGCUAAAUAAGCACUUUAAAUGAUAAGAGACACAAGACAAAUGAACACUCUUAGAAAAUCGCAUGAUAUAUAUAGGAAGUAUAUCACACACGGAUUUACGGAGGAAAGUCUUUAAUCGCAGAGAAAUCAUAGCGAAAUGGCAUUUUGGGAACACCCUAACAUCUAGCAUCUGAAAUGAGUCCUUAUCAAAAGUAACUGAAGAGCGAAACAUAUGUAUUUCUUAAACAAAUACAAUAUUCAAGUGGCGUUGAGAUUUCUUCUAAUGAUAAUCCCUCCAAUUGGGCAUUAUAUACCCAUUGUGACGACGGCAACGAAAAUGGCCAAUCGAUAUGCCCCAUUCAAAAAUAAAAUCUCCAUCGAGUGGCUUAGCCGCCUUAGUGGUAUAAUAUAUGGUCUACCAUCAACAUGCUAUUCGCUUCCCUGAUAAUUGCUCUGACGAUAGGCCUAACUCAGUCGCGACCCAAUGAUGAACUGGUUUCGCAAGGUCGCAUAGCUGGAGGGACGGUGGCCACCGAGAGUCAAUUUCCACAUCAAGUGGGUCUCAGCAUUGAGGAGGAGAACAAUUUAUUCAGUUGGUGUGGCGGCAGUUUAAUAUCCGAACAAUAUGUCCUAACCGCUGCCCAUUGUGUGGAGGAAGCCAUAGCCAUUGUGUACUACUUGGGGGGAGUGCAACGUCUGGCGCCCCAGCAACUAAUGAAAUCGCUUGAUCCGAGCAUACAACUGCAUCCCGAUUGGAAUCCAAAAACUCUGGAGAACGAUAUAGCCCUGCUGAAGCUGCCACAACCGGCCAUUCUCAGUGGUUGCAUAAAGCCCAUCAAAUUGCCCGCAAUCGCCUCAAGUUAUGCCAGCUAUGACUAUAAGAUGGCCACUACCUCGGGAUGGGGUCGCAUUAACGAUGUGUCCACAGCGAUAUCGAAUGAACUGCGCUAUGUGGUGCGGUAUGUGGAGUCAAAUGAGGAUUGCCUAUAUACCUAUGCCAAUGUGAGACCCACCAAUAUCUGCAUGGAUACAACUGGUGGACAAUCCACCUGCACUGGUGACUCCGGAGGUCCUCUAACAUAUUUCGAUCAUACUCAGAACGCUGAAAUCCUAAUUGGCAUCACGUCAUAUGGAAAGAAAUCUGGUUGCACUCAGGGAUAUCCAUCGGUUUUUACUCGUGUCACCGCCUACUUGGAUUGGAUUGCCGCGGUCAGCGGUGUAGGCCAUUCCCAGUCAUAGGGUCCCCAAAUUGUAGAGAUACCGAACAAAAUAUGAUUCAAAAAGAUAUUCGUAAAUUCAUUUCAAAUUCAAUUCACUUUCAUUUAUAACCAUGACAGAAAUACUAAUUUACCGCAGGCGAGAGCAUACAUAUCCUUAUGUCAAGAAUGAGCAGGUCUCCUUUUUGGCAUUUAAAAAGGAUUUAUGUAAAAAGUAUAAAAAAAUAAUACACAUUUUUGUUGAAAUCGGUUGGAAAUACAAAUACAACAAGCAACUAGGCCAAACAUUUAAUAAUAUACAUCUUAAAA